AUGAAGAGUUUAUUGGCGCUAGCAGUAACCGUCGUGAGUGUCUUUGGUAUUGCCAUUGAUGGUUGCCAUUGCAAGGUUGUGCAGUUCAUCUUCGGCGAUUCGCUCUCCGACGUCGGGAACAACCGGUAUUUGAGUAGGAGCCUUGCUCAGGCGAACUUGCCUUAUUAUGGUAUUGAUUUUGGGAAUGGACUGCCUAAUGGGAGGUUCACUAAUGGCCGUACUGUUGCUGAUAUAAUAGGUGACAAAAUGGGCCUUCCAAGACCACCAGCCUUUCUAAAUCCAUCUAUAACUGAAGACAUAAUAUUGGAAAAUGGAGUAAAUUAUGCCUCCGGAGGUGGUGGGAUCUUGAAUGAAACUGGUGGCUACUUUAUUCAAAGGCUUUCAUUGAACAAGCAAAUAGAGCUGUUUCAAGGGACACGGGUACUGAUAAGAAAUAAAAUAGGGAAAGAGGCAGCUGAGAAGUUCUUCCAAGGCGCUCGUUAUGUGGUGGCAUUAGGCAGUAAUGAUUUCAUUAACAACUACUUAAUGCCUGCUUACGCUGAUUCAUGGACUUAUAAUGACAACACUUUCCUCGACUACUUAAUGGACACAUUGAGAGGUCAACUCAAGAUUUUGCAUAAGCAAGGGGCAAGGCAGCUGAUGGUGUUUGGGCUAGGCCCAAUGGGCUGCAUUCCCCUCCAGAGGGUGCUGACUACGUCCGGAAGCGGCGGCUGCCAAGCCAGAACAAACAAACUGGCUCUCAGCUUCAACAAAGCAUCAAGCAAAUUACUAGAUGAUUUGUCAAGCACACUUCCUAAUGCAAGCUAUAAAUUUGGUGAUGCUUAUGAUGUCGUAGACGAUGUGAUUGAGAACCCUUCUAAAUAUGGAUUCGAGAACUCGGACAAGCCAUGCUGCUCAUUCGGAAGAAUCCGACCUGCCCUAACUUGUGUGCCUGCAUCAACAUUGUGCAAAGACAGAAGCAAGUAUGUGUUUUGGGAUGAGUACCACCCAUCGGAUGCCGCUAACGAGAUCAUUGCGAAUGAGAUCAUUAAGAAACUCGGAUUUCUUCGUGAUGACAAACCGGGUGCUCCUUCUGAAGCGCCUGCCAUUGCCCCAUCCUCAGAGGAAUAAUUAAAUAGUUUUGCAUACUGCUAAUAGGAUGUUAACUGGUCGGUGCUUUUCUAAGGGAAUAAAAGCUUUCUUCAUAGUAUUCUUCAAGCUUUUAUCAUCAUGUUUUUAAAAGCUUGAGC